AUGGUCUUAGCCCACUCACCCCCGCGUAAGGCGGCCAAUACUCGCCCCCCAGACAGGAACCGCAGGAACCUCACCCGCAUCUCCGAGACUCCUACGGACAUUAUAACACAGCAGAGUCCCCCGCCGCUACCCACCACCUCUAGAGCGGGGCAUUCACGCUCUCACUCCCCGCGUAUCUCCCCUCGGUCACCCCCGCCCAGGGGGAGGGCUCAAAGGCGAUCGCCCCUACCCCCUCUGCCGCGAAUAGAUAGCAGAUCCCCGACUAAUCGGCAGCUGUCUACUCCUCCUCCGUCACCGUCUAGGGGGUGGAUAUCGCUUCCCAGCACUCCAUCUAGCAGACAAAACUCACCUAACCCCCCACGCGAGGGCGGAGAGGACGAGAUCCCGGCCAGCUGGGAAUCGCUCUCUCCUUCCUCGAUGGCCACCCCCGCACUGGUGUACUCCCCACCCACGCUGAUUCGUCGCUCUCCAAGCCCUGCGACUGCACCAACGCCGGCAAUUGCACCAACCCCAGAACCCGCCCCGGCCCCCCCGACCGCCCUUCAAACGGCGUUCAUGCUCAUCGUUGACUCCGCUAAGGAAAUUAUGGCCAAAAUCUCGGAGGGGAAAAGCGUGACUAGCGCUAACAAGAAGCGCAUCAAAGACCUCGCGCAGAACAUCAUGGGCGCCGUAGAGAUGGCCAAAUACGACGAGCCGCCUGAACUCACCAAACCGGUAUCUGACGCCGUCCUCCAAACGAUCCGGGAAACCAUCCGAGAGGAGCUCAAAGCGCAGGCCCCUCCCCUUCCCCCUCCAGCGCCUACUCCGGUGCCUCUUACAAAAUCCUUCGCAUCGGUGGCUGCAACCACCCCCCCACCCAAACGCCCCGCGCCGCGAUCUCCCGUCCAACCGGCGAUGAUCAUCAAAGCCAAGGCGACCGGCGAACAUCAGCCGGUGGUCUACGACGAGUGGCGCAAAAAGAUCACCUUCCGCAACAGCACUUUCGCGCCAUCGCAAGUACGCACCCUGCGCAAUAAUACUGUAAAGGUGAAUUUUGAUAACGCCGCGCAAAGAGACGAAAUUGUGGCAAGGGUGAACAGGAUCCCGGGACUUGUGGCAGAGGAGUCAAGGCUCCGAAAGCCCCUCAUCAUUCUGAAGGGGGUAAGCAAGGAAACGCCGAAAGAGGAGCUGCUGGAUAUAAUCAGCAGCCAAAACCAGGUAGCCGUCGACGACCUCCGUCUCUGCUUCCUUCUAAAGAACAGAAACGACAAAUUCUACAAUGUAGUCCUGGAAGUGGCACCGGCAGUUCGACGAACCUUCGUGGAGGAGGGCCGCGUCAACGUGGAGCAUCAGAGGGUACACGUGGCGGACUUCAGCCGCUUCGUGCAGUGCCGGAAAUGCCUACAGUUUGGGCACACCGGCAAUAAAUGCGAGGCGGAGUUCUACCCGUGCGCCCACUGCGGCUCCGCCGCGCACCAUAUCUCCACCUGCUCCCAUAGAACCGACCCGACUAAAAUGUGUUGCUACAACUGCAAACAAACAAAUAGCACAAACACUAAACACUCCGCCCUUGACACUAAAGUUUGCCCAAAGAUUCUGAAAGCCCAAAAAUCCCUAAAUGAAUCAACCGACUAUGGUUACUAA